AUAGUGAACUGCAAGGCCCCAACACGCAUAACCGAACUACCCUCUCUUUGUCUCUGCCUCUCUGUCUCUCUCACACGAAAAAAUGCAACCAAACUUUAAAGAUUGAAAGGGUAGGCAACUAAUGAAAGCAACAAGCUGGGCCAAAAGUAAAAGCAAAAGGGGAACCCUCCAGUGUCCAGACUCCAGACUUCCCCUCCCGCCAAGGCCCCCCAAGCCCCCGUCCUCCUCCUCCUCCUCUUGUUGGUUGUAGUAUUUAUUCCCUACUGUUUGUUGGGUGUCCUGAAAAAUUGGAGCUUCCAAGGGAGGGUCUAACCAGGCCUCUCUCUAGAUUCAAAAAUGAGUACUUUGACUGCUUCUCUUUUGCUCCCAUCAAAACUGAAGCCUUCCUCAGAAGAACACAAUUCUCUCUUCUUCUACAGAAGAAGAAUACCCAAGAAAAAUCAAUCAAUAGUCCCUGCUGCUAGGUUAUUUGGGCCAGCUAUCUUUGAAGCUGCAAAGCUGAAGGUUCUAUUCUUAGGAGUGGAUGAAAAGAAGCAUCCAGGGAAGCUUCCUAGAACUUACACACUCACACACAGUGAUAUAACCUCUAAACUCACCCUUGCCAUCUCUCAGUCCAUCAACAAUUCUCAGUUUCAAGGGUGGUACAAUAGAUUACAGAGAGAUGAAGUGGUUGCAGAGUGGAAGAAAGUUAAGGGAAAGAUGUCACUUCAUGUUCAUUGUCACAUAAGUGGUGGUCAUUUUUUAUUAGACUUGUGUGCUAGGCUCAGAUACUUCAUCUUCUCCAAAGAACUCCCUGUGGUUUUGAAGGCUUUUGUUCAUGGAGAUGAAAAUUUGUUCAGCAACUAUCCAGAAUUGGAAGAAGCUUUGGUUUGGGUAUACUUCCACUCCAACAUUCCAGAAUUCAACAAGGUGGAGUGUUGGGGUUCACUUACGGAAGCUGCAGGACCUACUAAUGGGGUCAGUGGGGCACAAGAGGUUAAAAAGAAGCCAACUUCAUCAAGUAACCUGCCACAGGCAUGCCCAGUGGCCUGCACAUGUUGCUUUCCACCUAUGAGCUUGAUCCCUUGGUCACAAGAUCUCUCUUGUGAGAGUGUGGGGACCACCCAACAGGGCUUGCAGCAGCAACAACCCUAAUGCUGAUCUUGUGCGUCUCUGUGAUUGAUAUAUACAUAUACAAAUACAUAUGUAUACAUGCAGAUAUGUAUUUUUUUUUUUUCACAUGGGUUCUGUAAAAAACUGUGUAAAUUUAAAUAUUAGCCCAAUAUCAUUUGUUAUUCUUAGGUUUAUUCUACAUCAGCAGAAUAACAGCUCCUAAAUCAAUAUAUUAUCUUUGUGAGUCUACUCAUUGUCAAUUGUCGUUUGUUGAAACAAAUACUCUUCUGGCAUCGUAGCUCCGUUUGAAAUUUGAUUGUAAUAAUUACACUGCAAUAUUGAAAAUUACUUCA